AUGUCAAUACAUGAUUCUUAUCAGCUUAGUUCUUACAAUAGUGAUACUUUAAGUUGGCCUAAUGAAGAUAAAUUAAAUGAAUCAAAUGAGUUAAACGAAUUAAAUACAUCUAAUAUAUCAGAAAAUGUAUAUAACCUAGAUUCUGAAUCAGGUUUGAGUUCUCCUGAUCAACCUCCAUCAAGUGGAGUUACUGUUACUAAUAGUUUAGAAAAAGAGUGUAGUAAUGACUACGAAUUAUCAACUGAAACAGGUAAUUUAAAAGCUCACCUUCGUCAAAUUCACAUAAUUUUGCCUUCUGAAGAAAAUAAUCAGAAUCAAUCAACUAAAUAG